UUUUCACUUUGUUGCCCCAUUUUGGUUGCUUUUCCAUAUUCUUUCUCACCGGAAAUGCUCUUUGCCUCCCUAUGCCCUCAUGUCGUUUAUCUGUUUGUCUCACUAUUAAUUUGCGGGUUUCUCUCAUCUUGUCUAGCAACUAACUAGGGUUCCUCCAUGAACUCUCACAUCCAAUAGUAAUCUCUCGAGAAUUCUCUCUCUCAGUUAGGUGGCAUACUUUUUCACAGAUAUAUUUUAAAGAAUUAACAGAUCUUGAAAGAGCAAGCCUACAACAUUAAGUGUUCUAAGUUUGGAUCAGGGUUUUUGGUUUUUGGAAUUGUUGGAAAAGGUAUGAAAUUCUGGGUAAUUGGUGUACCAUCCAACAGAAAGAGUUGAAAAUUGAGAAAAGUCCAUAUGUACAAUCCACCAUUAGCAAAAGCUACCUGAUCAUGGCCUCUUCUAGCUACUCCAAUUCUCCAUGUGCAGCCUGCAAGUUUUUGAGAAGGAAGUGCAUGCCAGAUUGCAUUUUUGCCCCAUAUUUCCCACCAGAAGAGCCACAUAAGUUUGCAAAUGUUCACAAGAUAUUUGGUGCAAGCAACGUUAGCAAACUCCUCAACGAGGUUCAACCCCAUCAAAGAGAGGAUGCUGUGAACUCUCUGGCCUAUGAAGCCGAAGCAAGGAUCAAGGAUCCAGUGUAUGGUUGUGUUGGGGCCAUUUCAGUGCUCCAAAAACAAGUCCUUAGGCUCCAAAAGGAACUUGAUGCCACAAACGCUGAUUUGAUCCGCUAUAGUGCUUGCAAUGAAAUGCCAAAUCUUGGAGGGAGAUCAAGGAUGUGUAGUGAUGAUGGAGGAGGUGGUGGUUCCUCAUCACUUGCUCACUCCCAUGGUUUCUAUUAUCCUAAUUGGAACAAUGAUCCUUGUGGAAAUAAUAAUGGCUACCCCAGAGGGGAUAUAUAAGACUAUGUGGUUCAUUUUCAAACUCUCCCUAUGCAUCAAUUAAUUAUGAUAUAUAUAUAUAGUCACGUAUUAAAUUUCAAGUUACCCAUUUAGGGUUUUCUUAUUGUAAAGUAUUGGAACAAGGGGGUCUUAUUCUUGUGUAUAUAUGCCUGCCUCUCUCUC